CAUGAGCCCAAAAAUUAAUCCUAAAAUAGAAAAUUCUGAUUUUGCAAAAAUACAGAUGUAAGUUCAUUAAAGGUAGAUUAUUGAGAUCUUAUAAACAGUAAAAGAAGGUCAUCUAUUAUUAGAAUUAAACUAAUUUAUGUAAUGAAACAUAAUUGUUAUAAAAUAGUAACUUAUUAGGGCAUAUCAUUAACUAAUAAAAAGGCAAGAACAUGGAUAUUGAAAACAGGAUAAUCUCAUUUGUUUUCUAAUAGAAGGAAAUGACAAUUUCUAAAGUAAUGAUUUAGUAAUCAAAGAUCUGAUCUAAUUGAUUACUUAAGAGAAGAAUUUGAAAAGCCUUCUUUAAAAAAAAUCAAUAUAAUUAAGCUAAACAGAAAUAUUUUGAAAUAUCACUAAACUAACAACUUUAUGAAAGGUAAAAUUAAAAAUGGAAACUUCAACCAUUUAGGAACAAAAUAUAAUAUAUGAAUACUUUAGGAACUUGCAAUAAAUUUGAUGAUAAAUUACUGUAAAAUUUAAUACUCCAGUAUGAUAGGCGGAAAGGAAUUUUGAAAAUCAAUACUAGACAAC